CUUUGUUAUAGACCGGUCUCCAUAUUUGCUCAUUCACGGUCUAUUUCAACGCUGUGAGAGCCAAGGAUUUUUAGGGACACGACCUACGCUGUGCACGUACAUGGAUGCACCCACACGUCCUCAUGCCUUUCGACAAACUUCAAUGCACUGCGUCUCCAUCGUCCACCAUCAGCUCAUCAAUCCGUGCGGAAACAUCCAGCUCCGAGUUCGACAUAAAGGAACGAGCACCAGCGGCAAGUGUAUCGGCCAUGGGGAUGACGACCAUAGCCUCAGCGCCCACAAGAGCAAGGAAGUUAAGACCCCCGCUUCCUUUUCGAUAUCCAGCAGCAGGUACAUCAGGAUCAGAACAUGAUGCCACCAUAGUCCGGAUGAUCGACAAUGGCCAUUCCUGGGCCGAAAUCGAAGAAAUUGCAGGAGAGGGAGCCUUUGAUCGAUAUUACCACUCCUUGGAUCCUGACCUUGAAUCGUACUGGAGCAUCGAGGCCAUCGCCAAGCUGGACAGCAUUGUUCAGGGCUUUCUCGCAGUAGCACCAAUAACCACGCAAGCUGGAGAUGACAGUGUCGAUGUAGGUGAGGGGCUGUCUUGGGAAAAGAUAUCAGACGAUAUAGGAUCAACAAUGCCCGGUAUCUGCAUGUAUGUCUGGACUACAUUUGGAAAUGGAAGACCGCUCUCAGAGGAGGAAAAAACUAUUGAAGCAGAGCAAGAGCGGAAACGCAUUGCGGAAAACGAGAUGGAACAGGCGCAGUUAGCUGAGGCUAAGAAAAGGGCACGGCUUGAAGAGGAAGCUGAGAAGGGAAGGUCGCGAUUGACAGAGGUCGGGAAACAUAAGAUAUGGCUGGCAGAGGAAGCAGAAAAGGAAAAGUCACGGCAAGCAGCGGAGGCAGAGAAAGAGAAGGCGCGCUUGGCAAAGAAGAAGGCAAGGCAGAAGUCACGGCUAGCAAAGGUACAGGAGGCAGAGAUGAAACGGAAAGCGGCAUUACGAAGGGCAAGGCUCGUGACCAGCGACGACGACGAGGAUGAUGAGGACGACGAAGGAAUCGGUGUCUCUUCAGCCAUUGAGUAUCGCGUGAAUAAUGCCUCCACUACUCUGGGGUCCUCGAGAGGCCUCUCUCUCCGGCUGCGUAACAAGCACCCUUCAACUUCAUGGACGAUGCAUCAUCACAAUAAGGAUUUUACCCAUCCAACUCUCGCGGAUCUCAUACCGACAAAGUAUCCAAGGACGCAGACAACUGAGACCAUAGCCAGCGUGGGAAAGGCGAGAGCGUUAACGAUGGGGGAUAUCGACGACAGCCGCCUAUGGCGGACUCGUAGCCGGGCGCAAAUGCAGAAGCAGAUUGAUGCGAGAGCUCUAAUGGAGGGCCUUGCGCGGAAACAGCAGGUGGAGGCAGAUCAGCGGCAACGUGAGCUCGAAAAAAUGCUUGAUGGUCAGAAGGCACUCAAGGUUGCGAGUGAGAGGAGGAGGCAGGAAUCCAGACUGUGCCCAAUAUCUAGCUUAUCGAUGGGUACUCAACUGACGACUACGGAUCUCGAGAACCAGGACACCCAAGCGCCCGGUAACCAUCUUGGAUCGCAAACUCAUAAGCGGCAGAGGAUUCUCUCUGGACAGAAGAAUCAUAGAUGGCUACAGAGAUACUCAACUCCCCCGAUCGCAGUAGCUCCAUUGGUUGUCGACCUCACAAAGGAUACAAAGGACGCGGAAUCAGGCCACAAUACCGUUCCAAGCUAUGCUCAGCAGAUAUCAUUCCCCCUGAGGCCUUUCUGGGCGCCUUCCCCAAACACAAACCCAUACUACGAUGUCUUGACAUGGACGGCUGAGGACAUCAAGAAGAUGUGGAGCAGUUGGCUGCAGGUUGGCGACAACUGGGACCUAAUUUCUAAGCAUGCGCUUCAAGGAAGACACUCUCCGCAUGCAUGUCAAGCCUUUGUCAUGGGAAGGGGCUUUGUCUGACGCCCCGUCAACAAAUGUGUGCUGGCAGGAUUUUAACUUAAAAUAUAGAUUGAUGGGCCAGUUAUAUCCAUGUAUUAUAAGAUAGA